AUGAAAUAUAUAACAAACAAAAAUUUAAAAUGGUAUGCAACAAAAAUCUUAAGUAAUUUAAAUUUAUCAAUAAUUAUAUUGCUAAUAAUAUCAACCAUUAGUAUAAUUGGUACGAUUAUUGAGCAAGAUCAAAAUAUGAAUUACUAUCAACUGCAUUACCCUAUUAAAUCUGGGAUAGCAGAACAAAUUAAUUGGAAAAUUAUCAUAAACCUUGGAUUAGAUCAUAUCUAUGCGACUUGGUGGUUUAUUCUUCUACUGGUUUUAUUUUUUUGUAGCUUAAUUACUUGUACACUUUCUCGUCAAUUACCAGGCUUAAAAAAUGCACGUACUUGGAAAUUUGUACCACAUACAGAUAAAACAAGAUGUUUAUUAUAUAGUGAUCUUUUUAAAAUCAAAUCAUUAGCAAAUAUUAUAUGUUCUUUAAAUUUGAAAUAUUACUAUGUAUUUCAUAAAAAAAAUCAAAUUUAUGCAUAUAAAGGGUUAAUAGGUAGAAUUGCUCCUGUCUUUGUACAUAUAAGUAUAGUAUUAACUCUUACUGGUUCAAUGAUAGGAUUUUUUAGCGGUUUUACAAUACAACAAAUGGUACCUAAAGGUGAAAUUUUUCAUAUACAGAAUACUAUUAAGUCUGGAACUCAAAGCUCUUUACCUCUUAAUAUACUUGGUAAAAUAGAGAACUUUUAUAUCGAUUACAAUUCAGACAAUUCAAUCAAACAAUUUUAUUCAAGUAUUGUGAUAAUAGAUUUUUAUGGACAAAAUAUCAAAAAAGAAACAAUUUUUGUAAACCAUCCAUUAAAAUUCCAUGGUAUUACUGUUUAUCAAACAGAUUGGCAAAUCAAUUCUUUAAGAAUAAAAAUCGGUCAACAUAGUAUACAAAAAAAAGUGAAUAAAACAAAGCUAGGUAAUAAUAGUAUUUGGUUUACCAAUAUUCCUAUAAGCUCAAUAGAUCAAAUAUUUUUGAUCAUUACAAACUUGAAAAACACAAUUUUAAUAUAUAAUUCAAAUGGAGAAUUAAUAAAUACAAUAAACACAAAUGAAACAAUUCAAAUAAAUAAACAACUAUUCACUAUUACAGAAAUCAUGACAAGUACUGGAUUGCAAAUUAAAGCCGACCCUGGACUUCAAUUUGUAUAUAUUGGUUUUUUUAUACUUAUGAUUAGUGCUACUGUAAGCUACUUAUCUUAUUCUCAAAUAUGGAUAUCAGGCAUAUUUUGUAUAAAACAAGAGUUAAAAGUAACUGGUACUACUAAUAGAGCAAAAUUAAGUUUUGAGGAAGAUUUAAGAUAUAUAAUAAAAACUUACAAUCAAUUUUCAAUAAAAGCAUAUAAUUAUUUAAUAAAUAUAAUACACUUGUAA